UACAGCUCUAGAAAAGGUGCCAUUAUUCAAAAUUCGGUAGACAUUUUCCUCCGUUUUUUUAUUGUAGCAAAAAGUUCUUUAGCACUGGUUAAUUUUUAUUUGAAGCAAAACAUGAGCUGCAAUUACGCGGAUGGUUUAUCGCCAUAUGAAAACAAAGGCAUUUUAGGUUUACCAGAGCAAUUUGAUAGUCCCGAAACAGUCGAGAAGAAAUGCGCCGAACUAGUAGAUUGGAUGUUAGCCGGACGUGGACGUAUCGUAGUACAUACAGGCGCAGGUGUAAGCACCAGCGCUGGAAUACCCGAUUUCCGAGGUCCGAAAGGUGUGUGGACAUUGGAGGAAAAAGGUGAAAAACCUACCAUAAAUGUAUCUUUUAACCACGCAAAACCAACAAAAACACAUAUGGCGUUGCGAGCGCUAACACAGCAUGGUUAUGUGCGAUACAUUGUCAGUCAAAACAUCGAUGGACUGCAUUUGAAGUCAGGGUUAUCACGACAUCUCUUAGCUGAGCUCCACGGCAAUAUGUUUGUGGAUCAAUGCAACAAAUGCAGGCGCCAAUUCGUGCGCAAAACAGCGGCGGAGACCGUGGGUCAAAAGCCUUGUGGCGGCAGGUGUCGCUCUGGUGAGGAUGGACGAGUUCGUGCAUGUCGUGGUGGCUUGCUUUUAGAUAAUGUGCUUGACUGGGAAGCUGAUCUCCCAGAGCGGGACUUAGACAUGGCUCUCAUGCACUCCACAUUGGCCGCUGUAAAUAUUACAUUGGGCACAACACUUCAAAUCAUACCAAGUGGGAAUUUACCGCUGAAAAAUAAAAAGUAUGGAGGAAAACUCAUUAUUUGUAAUCUACAGCCUACGAAACAU